UAGCGCUCUAGCCCGUUCCUCAGUUGGUUGCCGUUCUUCGUAAUGUGCAAGCGCAGCCGUGUUGAUCCGUUGUCGAAUUACAAACUUUACAAAACUUCAAAGUACGAAUGAAAGGUGCAAAUGUGCAUUUGAAAAGAUUGGAAACAGCUGGAGUAUAAUCGAACGGAGAAUCCCUAAACGAUGUCCAUGCUACGUUGCGUUUUUCUGUGAGAAUGCCAGAGAAUUGUUGGAAUACUUUGUAUUUAACGGUGCAUGCAGCAUCCACAGGUGUCUAGAUUCGCCGUCGUCUAUCUCGCGAUGUAAGGUGAAAUUAUCAAGUUUUGUGAACUAAACAAAUCGCGGGACUUGUGAUCUAACCAGAAAAGUUUUUAGAAAUGUGUCGGUAGAAUGCAAUAAUGGCUAGGAGUGUACUCUUGUUACCUUUCGCAGGUAAUACGAGGAUGGUAACCGGACUAAAGUGCUUGAAACGACUGAAUAGUGGCGUUGACUAUCUGAAUUAUGUAAUUUUCUGCCUUCUCCUGAUUUAUCCGACCAGAGUCAACUCAGAAAACCUCCUUCAGGCUCCCAGAUUCACCACGUCAACUUCAACUAGCAGCAUUACUCGAUUAGGAACUGUAAAAAUUCUACAAUGUCAGGCAUUCGGAAAUCCACCCCCGCAAUUCAGAUGGCUGAAAGACGGAGUCAUGAUCUCAGACUUCUCGACGGACCCCUUCUACAAAAUCAUAUCGUCGAAGAGGACGGACGAGGGCAGCUACCGCUGCGUCGCAGCCAACAAAAUCGGUGCAAUACUCAGCGAAGAAAUGAAAGUAACCGUAGCUUGUAAGUAG